CGGAAUUGUUGGCGGUUGUUCGGCUCUCCUUGACAAAUGGAAUCAGUAUUUUAUCAAAUUUACACCAAAAAUUAAAAAUCAAACGAUUCCGAUCAAUGUUUUAACAACUCACCCCCACAGUAUAUACUAAAAUGGCCCACAGAAACUGCAAUGUCACUGGUGAAAUCGAACCAAGAGUGCCUCGACAUCCAACCGCAGCCCCGACUGAAACCGUGCCAACAGUGCCAGAGGUGUCCCUGGCGUUCGACACCCCCCAACAACGAAAUCCAUUUCCGAAUGAACCUAGAUCCUCAACUCUGCCAACCUCCUAUGCCCAGUGGAAGCAACAAGUGCCCCAUCAACCCACCUACAACAAUAAAAUCGAUGGUGGAAUGGUGCAAAGAAUAUCCCGAAGUAACUCAUCAUCAGAAACCUCUCGAAAGCCAACGGCAGCCCUUGCCAUAAUCGAAAGGCCCCAGAAUCUUCCUCCAAGCACUUUCACAAGGGACUCUCGCCUGAAAUUCUACCAAAAAAUCGGCCCAGAGUCUUCUCCAGCAGAGAGUAAAAUCCUCCCCAUGAAUAAUCCCCUGAAAUCCCCUCCAAGAAGACGCCAAAGAUCUCUCCCAGUGGCUUCUCGACCCCAAGAGCCCUCAGACGUAGUCCUAAAAGAAAAACUAGAAGUCUCGUCAAACCCCCAGGACAGAGUGGAUCGAAUAAAAAAUACCUGCGACUGUCAUUCCCAUAAUUCAGAGAACACUGAUAUAAUAAACAAACUGCUGUCCCUAGUCCAGAGUCAAAAUGCCCAGAUACAGAUGCUCCAGGGUCAAGUGGAGACUCUCCUCUCAAUCAGAACCGAGAGACCCAGGGAGUUGAAUGACUACCAGAGACUUCCCCUCCCAGCCCACAACGUCGCCACGAACACCAUUGAUCCGGCUCUCCAGAACCCAUGUCUCCAAUACCCAAAAUCCCCUCGAGAAAUUCAGGAAUUCGAGGAGAAACAGAGGGACGACAAGUGCAAACAGCUGAUAAAGGAGAAAAAGGUGUCGAUAGGUGUCAUGACGAGUUUUGAAUUAACUGUUCAGGAUUCAGUGGUUUAUAAUGUUGAUGCUGUGCCAACGCCCACAGAUUAUCAAGAAAAGUCUCCCCACUCAGAGGGGAACAAGAAUCUUGGCAGCAGGACUCCUGUUGCUGUGGGGAAAAUACCGAAUGGACCUUUGGAGCAGAUUAUCGAGGACUCAGAGAGCCAUUUGUCGUCUACUGUUCAAGCCAGUAAUAAUUUUCAUACGGUUUCGUCCGCGAGGAAGUCACUGCAGGGAAAUUUCCAGGGAGAUUUGUCGACUUGUGUGGAAUUGCCACAAAUCAAUCGUCAGCAGAGUCCGGUUGUCCCUCUGAGCCAGACGAAUCGUGUGGGGAUUGAGACUCGACCUCAUAAACAGCCAGAUGUUGCGAGUGGUCAGAAAAGAUUUUCCAGUGGAGACAAUCAUUCACCGAAUCAGCAAAAAUAUUCACCAACAUCACGAGUUGCUCCAUCAAAUCUCAGGACUGAUUCACCUCCUGAGGACGUGGAGUCUGUCAAGAAGACCCCCAAAGUUGGGUGGACUCUGUAUGACAAUGUCAUGUGCCAGGUGAACGAAAUUCUUCACAACACGCAGGAGGAACGUGUGGAGAAGAGACAGGAGAUCGUCCAGGAGACGAAUGGACCCAAAUUGUUGCUCAAUGGGAUACAGCAAUCGACGGUGGAGCAGCUGAAGUUGUUUGGCUUCACGUUUGCUGAUACCUCUGGAUGCUCUGAGGGGAGAUCUUUGGUCGAUGGCAGGAGAAUGAAUCCGAUUCCGAUUGAUGCUUCGUACUAUCCCAGGCUGGAUUAUCAGGCCAAUGUCAUUCAGACGUCGGGGUCUGUGAGUGAUAGUAAUACCAGCAUGCAUAUGAAGGCACUGGCUAUGAAGUACUUGGGGACCAAACAGCUGCCCAAUGUCUCCAGUCAUCAGAGGGGGAUGGAGCUGUUCACUAGCAUGGUGCUGAGUAAUAUUCAGAAUAAUAUGCCUGGGGCAUCUGGUAAUGAAGUUCCUAAAUUUGAUAACAAUCGACGAUUCCAAGGAUCACCGAAGGCAUUACCAGAUUGUCAACGUGAAAAUUAUUUAAUCCACUCGAAACAAACUCCACCCAAUUCACACAAUAUAUUGGAUAUGUCGAGCCUGAAGCGUCAACCCAAAUUACUAUAGCAGACUAGUUUCGAUUAUUUUUUCCCAUUUAGAUGUCUGGAAUCGACGAAGGUCGAGACUGAACGUGAUUAUUACUUCAUUAAUUAUGAAUGCAUCAACUGGAAACAUUGGACGUUGUGCGUCUGCAGUGUCAACCCAUUACAUAAUACAAUUCCCUCCAGUAUUUAUAUUUUGUAUACUAAUUUUAUGAUGACUGAAUGUUAUUUAUUAAGUAAUCCUAGCAGAUUAGAAAGGGGAAGCACAGA